UAAAGUAUGCAACUGCUUCACCAAUCAAUGAGACACAGUGAGAAUACGUAAACAAACUAUAAGUAAAUCAUCACUCGACCGAUAAGCAUAAUUAACUGAGUAUAUAUCGAUUUGAAGCACUGAAUAAACUUGCAUUGGCAUGUUAGAGCUGUAGCAAAAUGUGUUGCAAAAAAUUUAGUGAGUCGACAUAUAUUUAAGAAAAUAAAAACAUCGAACCCACUGAAAUAAAAAUAUUAUCUAACUGUAAGAUAUAAAUAUUGAACUACUAAAUAUGAAGCCGAGAUUAUGGCAGUGUUUAAUGUAUGUAGUGAUAUUAUUGCCGUAUUUCUGGAGUCGAACCAGAAAAAAUAUAUAUUAAUCCUUUUCGUAAAUGGAAAUGAGCUAGAAAACUUAGAUUUUCCUGAGGAUUUUAUUAUUGGCGCUGCAACUGCGGCUUUUCAAGUUGAAGGAGCUUGGAAUUUGAGUGGUAAAGGAGAAAGUUUAUGGGAUCGAUAUACUCAUUCUAAAUCACACAGAAUUCGCGAUCACUCUAAUGGGGACAUUGCUUGCGACUCAUAUCAUAAAUAUAAAGAAGACGUCCGUUUGUUGAAGCAAAUGGGUAUGGACUUUUAUCGAUUUUCUUUUAGCUGGCCUAGAAUUUUACCGACGGGAUAUGCAAAUAAUGUUAAUAAAAAUGGCAUAAAAUACUAUCAUGAAUUACUAGACGAAUUAGAGAAACAUAAUAUAAAACCAAUGGUAACUUUAUAUCACUGGGAUCAUCCACAAGUAUUUCAAGAACUAGGUGGUUGGACAAAUGAAGUCAUGGUAGAUCUUUUUGGAAAUUAUGCAAGAGUCGUGUUUCAAGAAUUUGGUCAUCGUGUGAAGAUCUUUUCAACAAUUAACGAGCCAGCUAGUAUCUGUACGAACGGAUAUUUUGUAGGUUCAUAUGCACCAGGUUUGGAACGAAGACGAGACGCUGAAUAUCUUUGUAAUCAUAACAUUAUUAAAGCUCAUGCUCGCGCCUAUCAUAUUUAUGACAAAGAAUUCAGACCUCAACAGCAAGGAAAAAUUGGAAUUGUUUUGUCCAAUGUUUUUUAUUUUUCUAAAAAUGAUUAUGAUCAUAUUUCAGAUGAAAUAGGUUUCCAAUUUCAAUUUGGAAUGUAUGCUCAUGCAAUUUUCACUAAAGAAGGUGAUUAUCCUGCUAUUAUAAAGAAGAGGAUAGCUGAAAAUAGUGCAUUUGAAGGUUUACCAAGUUCAAGACUCCCCACAUUCUCCAAAGAUUGGAUUAAUUACAUAAAAAAUACUUCUGAUUACUUGGGAAUUAAUCAUUAUACUACCAAGUUAGUAGAACCAGCGCCAAAGUCGAACUGCACUAUUUAUGAAAAUGAUGACGGUCUUGUCUACAGUUAUGAUGAACAGUGGCAUUCGACAGCUAGUGAUUGGAUAAAAAUCGUUCCUGAAGGAUUUUUAGCUCUUUUACUCAAAAUAAAGGAUGAGUAUGGAAACCUUGAGAUAUAUAUUACUGAAAAUGGUGUUUCAGAUUCCGGCACAUUAGAAGAUAAUCAAAGAAUCAAAUAUUACUAUUCAUAUAUUAAAUCUCUUUUAAUUGCUAUAAAGAAACACAAUUGUAAUAUAAAAGGAUACACUUUAUGGAGUUUAUUGGAUAAUUUCGAAUGGGACAGAGGAUACACGGAAAAGUUCGGUCUAUUUCAUGUUGACUUUAGCAGUCCAAAUAGAACAAGGACUCCAAAGAAAUCAACAAAUUGGCUAAAACAAAUCAUUCGUGAGCGAAAGCUAUUACCGAUACCAACAUAGAUAAUGUUUGUUAAAGGCUAUUUUAAUAUUAUAAUAAUCACAGUAUGAUGUCAAUAAUAUUAUAAGAGAAUAUAUUUUUUGAAAGUCUUGAUUUAUUUGAGAUGUAGUAAAUUUUAAUUAGAGGUUGAUUUAUUCUGCUUAGUUUUUUAAUA